UCCACUUAGUCACUGGCUUUCUAUUCCAAUCGAUGAGCUGAGAGACAACUGUGAUUUAAUUAAAGUAUUUAUGGUGUGGCCUACCCUUAGAAAAGAUUGUCCCAAACUAAAAUCUGAGCCGCCAUGGGUCUUGGAGUGCUCAGAUUUGAGGAUAAAAGAUUUGAAAUAUAUAGAGGCCCUAGAAGAUCUUAUGGACUUUGUAAGGAAAGUGGCGGACCAGCGGAGUUAUAUCGAAGGCAUACUGAAGAUUGGGAAUAAAAUGGCAAGGGCAAGCCAAAACAAGGCCUUAUCUGUGUGUGUGUCUGAAGGCCUUAACUGGAUACGCUCUACAGGAGUUGUGAAGAUUUACAAAAAAAUAGAAGAAUUACAAGAAUAUAGCAUUAUUUUACUACAGACCUUCUUUACCAACUAUGCGCAUUAUAUAAUGUGGAUGGCAAAAGAGCGCACCACCAUCGUUUCGUGGUUCAGGAGCACUUUGUGUAGCGCAUGCGCUGGGGAGUCUGAGUGUAUGAAGCAAUGUGGCAAUGAAGAGUUUUCUAAAGGACAUUAUAGCUUGGCAUGUGAGCUGUACUCAAAAGCUAUAGAAUAUUAUCCUGAUAACCACCUUCUGUUUGGCAAUCGCGCUCUCUGCUUUAUUCGCAUGGGCAAAUACAAGAAAGCGUUGAGUGAUGGCAAAAAGGCAAUAGUUCUAAAGAAUAAUUGGCCCAAGGGUCAUUACCGCUUCUGUGAAGCCCUCUUUCUGCUGGGAGAUCCAGUACUAGCUGUAGAGUCUAAUGAGAAGGCUCAGGAGCUGUGCGAGGAUAGUCCUGAAGGAAUAAAAGAUCUGCUUCAGCAGCACGCAAAAAUCAAAAAGCAUAUGGAAGAUAUGAAAGAACAGAAGCCGAAGAAAUCUUUCACAAAGAAGCUACGUGAAGGAAAGCUCGCUGCCCAGUUUAAUUCUGUUCCGGAUUCCACUGAAAAAAACACUGUGAAUUCUGGAGCUAAAGAGGAAGUCCAUCAUAAGGACCCUGUGAAUGGGAAAAAUGUAGAAACAAAAGAAUCUUCAUCUAAUAAUGUACCUGGGCACCAACCGAAGAAAGCAAAAUCAAAAGCUGUCAAAGUUUCAAGGACUGACCCCAAGGAAAAUGAGAAGGAUAUAUCAUGUGGUUUUUCAAAGAAGGAUCUAAUGGUAACUCAAGAAAUGGUGAAGUCCCUGGUUAAUGAUGGUUAUACAGCCCUAAAAGAGCAGCGUUUUCAUAAUGCUCAAGGGGCAUUUUCACGUUUAUUAGAAAUGCUGGAUCCAAUGGACCUCAAGAGAAUAAAUCUCACCAAUAUUGACUAUGUAGUUCUGCUAUACGGACACGCUAACGCGCUGCUUGGCAUUGGACAAAGUCAGGAGCUAAUGUAUGCUGAAAAUGAACUGAAGAAAAUUACUCAACAUUACACUAAGGAAAGAUUCAAUUGUGUGGCUUUUUUUGGUAUUGGAAAUGUUUAUUAUAGGCAAAACAGGUUUUCCGAUGCAUUAAAUCAGUAUGUAAAGUCGAAAACCAUGAUAAAACAUAAAAUAGUGUCAGGAAUUUUAUCAUGGCCAACAACAUCUGUCGUCCUUGAAGAGACCAGACCAGAAACUUUAAAGUUGCUUUUGGAAAAUCGUAUAGAAGAAUGCAAAUUUCCGCCCAAACCUGAUGCUCUUUGUCGCUACGAGCAAUGUCUCAACUUGCCAAAAACACAGAUAUAUUUCACAGACCCUGAUUUUAAAGGCUUCAUUCGUAUAGUGUGUUGCCAAUUCUGUAGAGUAGAGUUUCACAUUAUGUGCUGGAAAAAACUCAAGGCCAACAUGUAUGCAGAUAAAAAUGACAAGGAUUUUCUUAAAAGUCCAUGUAUUACUCCCGACUGCCAAGGAAAUAUUUCUUCUGUUGUUAUUCUUGAUUCCACAGGACUUGUCAAAUGUGAGUUUGUGGAUAAAACCAUAAAAAAAAGAGAACCACAAAGAACUCCAGUUAAGCAGAAAGGGCCAUGUAACAAGAAAGCAAAAUUCAAGCAGGAAUGUAAAUUAGAGGGCAAGAAAUUAUCGCCAGAAGCAAGCAAAAAUUGGCUCAAAAAUGAGAAUCCAGAAGAUGUAGAAAUAAAGUCUAUGAAAAUAGAUUUUUUUAGCUAUGAAAGUAAUUAUUGUAUGUCGUAUGGUGAGAUAAUGUUGAAAUGUAUAAAAGAAAAUGAAGACUUAUUCAAGCAUGGAAUGGUUGACACCAAAGAAUUCCUUGCCGCUAUAGUUUCCUGGAGAUUUAUGAGCCAGGAGGAACAGGAUGCGUUACACUUUGAAUCCUGUAAAUCCCCAUGUGAAGAGAUGCAGCUGAUACUAAAUCAUUUGUACAAAUUAAAGAAUCGGGUGAAAACGAGGAUAUUCCUGUUUCUGUUGGAAUUGUGUGGUGCAAAUGUAGCUUUAGAUCUUCUCGGCUGGAUAAUUUUAUUUAAUGAGACAGGGUUGGACGCCGCAACAGACUUUCAUGAUCGUGCUCAGGAAUACUUAGCAAAUAUUAAUUUAGAAUCUCUGAUGAGUUUGUGGAAUGAGACCUAUGGAAAUAAUUUAAACUUCUUCAUCUCAGAUGUUCAAACACAGGAAAUACUUAAUUGUUUUAAUGAAGCGUCUCCAGAGAUAAUCCGUUGUUUUAUUUGGUUUCUUGAUGAAAAUAAAGAAAAAUUAGCAUCAGACGAUUUGGACGUUAUCUUAGCUAUUUAUUUUGAAAGUAUGGAUAUUCCAUAUAACCUAGUAUGCAGGUCACCAAAGGAAGGCCGUUCUACGAAAGGUAUGAAGGUUAAAAACAAACACAAGAAAAAGAAGCAGAAUCCACUAAAGCUUGUGUACAAAUUAUCUGGUGGUGUAAGUACCAGAUCACAAGAUGAGGACUUCCUUUCUGAUGAGAAUACCUUAGAUUUCUUGGAUCCUAAUGAACCUUUUAUUAUACCGGAAUACUUACGUCAUCAAGUAGAAGAAUUUGAAGCAUUGCCAGUGGGGAGCCGUUUCCAGAGACCACCUGAUAAUAAUGCAGAUCCUAUACGGGAAACUCUAUUUGAGUAUUUCUCUCAGAUCCUGGAAGAGCACGGACCUUUACCACUAGAUGAUGAAAUUCUUGUAGGAGAAUAUAAAGGAUUCCCUGAAGAAACCCACAGACUUGUAGAAGAAGCAGGCGGUCUUAAAGACUUCCUUCUAGAAUCCGGUCGAUUUAUCAUGGUGGGAAAUCUGCUAGGACUAAUAAAGCAUUUACCUUUGCUUGAGGAUGAUACAAACAAGUAUACGCUAAAUCCAGCUGCUAAAGAAUUUAAACCUAGCUGUAGUAAACCUUUUAAUUCACCCAUAAUAAAUAGUUUAGGAAUAUGUUCAAAUGACAGACAGACUACUAACAUGCCUUAUUCAUUUAGUUCAGCUCCUUUGUUAGCUGGAUCAUCUUUAUUCCUUAGUAGAAAUCCUAACAACACCUACUUGUUGCCAACAUAUCCACCGGGCUUUGAUCCUGCAAUAUUAGGGCCGUUGUUUACCCAUAAUCCUGGAAUUGGUUUGCACCCUCCUACUGUUAACCAUGGAGUGUAUAACGUCAGUAUAGAUGAGGCCACUGCGUCUGACUUUUGUACGGCUGAUAAACAGGAUGAGCUGGAGUGUCCAGAGAGUCCUUCAAUGCCAGAUGACGAUGUGUCAAGUUCUUCCGUAUGUAAAGCAUCUGAUAUCUCCCCAGAAUUUCAGAGACCACAAACUGCACCCAUGAAAAAGAGUGUACAGACUGCUAUUGUAUCUGUGCAGGUAGAUAUAGAGUUUUCGGCGCAUGAAGUUAAUACUAAUCCCUUUCAUCCGUUUGAAACACAGCAGGGGGAUAUCCUGAGAAUGGAAAAAGAGCACCAAGUACUUAAUGACCAACUGAAAGAAGCCACUGAGAAAUAUGAACAUAUGCUCUCUCGUUACAAUGAAGAGUACAAUGGUCUGAAAAAGCAAGUUGAUGACAUUUCUGCUAAAAAUAAGAUUGCAAUAAAAGAAUUUGAGUGGCUUAGUCAAUAUUUGGAUAAUGAAGCAAAGAAGUGGCAGCAAGAGAAAAAAGAAAAACAAGAUAAUCUUAAAGCUUUGAAAAGCAGUAUUAAGUCUGUGACCAACACCAAUGAGAGGUAUUUAAGAAAUAUUGAAGAGAAGCAGAAGAAGUACAAGAGAUAUUUAGAUGAUUUUCUUCAAAUUAGUUUCCCAAAGUUUGAAAAUGAGAAGGCAAAGAUUGAAAAACAUACUAAAAAAUGUCAAGAUGAUCUACAGUAUGUUAUGAAACGGGCAAUUACAGCAGAGGCCAAUGUUCUGGAAAAUCAAAAACAAUCUGAAUUAUUGAAAUUGAAAGUAAUAGCAUCCCGGGCUGAACAGAGUGUUAAUGUGUUGAAGCAAGUGGUGUUGCGCAGUACCAGCAAGGGACAAGACCUUCAAGAAGUUAGAAAUCUAGAGUCUGUCCUUUCAGUUCUUAAUAAGGAGACAGAAAAAUUAGAGGCCCAGUUUGAUGAGAAAAUUAAAUUGGUGAAAAAUGGCACAAAGUUGGGUACACUGGGAGAUAUUCAAGUUAAUUUCCAGGACAUUCGGAAUAUUCCUCCUCUGUUACCACUGCAGCCACAGCCUGCACCUCACAUAUCCAAGAUGUUCACAUCAUACCAACCUAAUUCACCUUCAAUACAUUCUAAUCCUUUGCCUCAACUAUCUGUUUCAUCUCCAACAAAGAAAACCGUGUCAAGUAAAACUGCCAUCCCUAUGGAGUCUGAUAGGAAACCUAUACCUUCUGUGGUUGAUGCAAAACUACCAGCACCUGUACAGCCCAAGGUACAAAAACCAAUUGGACAAGAAAGAAAACAAAAUAUGCUGUUAGAAGGACGACAGCCAUCUCCUGCGAAACAGACAAUGUUUGAUAGGAUCAUUGAAGAACUGCAGGAUAUAUUUCCUCAUUACAAAAGCGGAGAACUUGCCCUGUUUAUUAAGGAUCUGCGCAGUAAAACCGGUGGUACUCUUGCUGGUAUGAAGCAUGAAGACAUUAUUAGCCGGGUUAUCGAGCACAUACUGGAUAUGCAGACUAAGUCUUUGGUACCAGCUUCUCAUGACCGAAAUUCAGCCUGGGGAUAUACACCACAGCCAGGGGCUGCUACUGCACCGACAGCUCCAAAACCCGAUGUUCACAGUAGCCCCACUUUAGCCGAAACCAAAAAGCCUUGGAGGGUGGUUACAGGGGCUUCUAAAAAGAAAUGGCAGAAGUCGGAUGAAUCUGAGACCUAUAAUGAUGAGCCCUGUAUUAUCUGUCACGAUGAGCUAAGCCUGUAUCAGGUUCAUACGUUAGACUGUGGACACCAUUUCCACAAACAUUGUAUAAAAACCUGGCUGAACACACAGAGCACAUGUCCAACAUGUCGAGAUCAUGCGCUUCUGCCAGAAGACUUCCCUGCACUUUCUGGAAGAAUGAGAACUGCUUAGUAUUGCUUAGUAUUGUAACCGCGAUAGAUAUUGUGUAUUGGUUUCAGUGUAUUAUGCAAUUAGCUAUAUUCCUACAGAUUCUGCUACCUUACUGGUUGUAUUACUGAGGCAGUAGCAGUCACUCACUACUAUUCUCUCUGCUUCCCUCAUUGUGUUUCAGGAACUCAUUGCUGCCUAUACCAAUUAUAUUGCUGUAUGUCUGAUCA